AGGCAGACCUUUCUCUACCAGAUGUACAGCUUUCCCCAAGCCACAGUGCCGACCCCAGCCCGAGUCCCGAGGCCCCAGGCCCCUCCAACUCUUCAGCCUCCAGACACCAUCGUGCACACCGCAGUGGAGGGGCCAGGGAUGAGCGUUACAGAUCAGAUAUUCACACGGAAGCAGUGCAAGCGGCUCUGGCCAAACACAAAGAGGAGAAGAUGGCACUUCCCAUGCCGACCAAGAGACGCUCAGCCUUUGUUCAGUCUCCCAUCGAUAACUGCACACCUCCAGAUACACCCUCUGCAUCAGAGGAUGAAGGCUCGCUGCGCAGAAAGGCAGCUCUCAGUGCAGUACUCGCUCAGACCCUGCAGAGCCCCGAUUACUGGAUCAAUCGCUCCGUCCAAAGCUCUUCCACCUCUUCGUCUGCUUCCUCCACCCUCUCCCACGGAGAGCCUAAGAGCCAGCCCCAGCCUCAGCCUGGUGUCUCGUUGCUGGCCGACGUACUGGCCCACACAAACAUAGUAGAAAACAGCGUGCCCCCAGAUGUGACAUCCUCCACGCCACAGGAUAGAGGAUCCAGAGUGGACCUUCCCCCAGCAGUCAGGGGCAUGAGUCGUGGACAGAGUCGCUCCAGCAUGCUGGAUACUGCUGAUGGAAAAAGAAAAGGCGUGCCCGUCAGCAGCCGAGUGUCCACUAAGAUCCAGCAGCUGUUGAACACACUCAAACGACCCAAAAGACCACCACUGAGUGAAUUCUUCCUUGAUGACUCGGAGGAAAUUGUAGAAGUUCCCCGACCAGAUCCCAACACCCCAAAGCCUGAGGGACGUCAGAUCAUCCCAGUGAAGGGGGAGCCUCUGGGAGUGGUCAGUAAUUGGCCUCCUGCCUUGCAGGCUGCCCUCGCUCGAUGGGGGGCCACUCAGGCCAAGAGCCCUGCCCUCACUGCGCUCGACAUCACUGGCAAACCCCUCUACACACUCACAUAUGGCAAACUAUGGAGUCGCAGUUUAAAGCUGGCUUACACGCUGCUGAAUAAAUUGGGCACUAAGACUGAACCUGUCCUACAACCUGGAGAUCGAGUGGCAUUGGUGUAUCCAAACAGUGACCCUGGAAUGUUCUGGGUGGCUUUUUAUGGCUGUCUGUUAGCCGAGGUCAUUCCCGUUCCCAUUGAGGUACCACUGUCUCGUCAGGAUGCAGGCAGCCAGCAGAUCGGCUUCCUGUUGGGCAGCUGUGGUGUGAGUUUGGCGCUGACCAGUGAGGUGUGCCUCAAAGGGCUGCCCAAGACUCCAAAUGGAGAGAUUGUUCAGUUUAAAGGAUGGCCAAGGAUGAAAUGGGUCGUGACAGACACCAAGUACCUGACCAAACCAUCCAAAGACUGGCAGCCUCACAUCCCUACUGCCAACACAGACACCGCCUACAUCGAGUACAAAGCAAGCAAAGAAGGAACCGUGAUGGGAGUUGCUGUUUCCAAGAUCUCCAUGCUGACUCACUGUCAGGCUCUGAGUCAGGCCUGCAACUACUGUGAAGGGGAGACUCUGGUCAAUGUGUUGGACUGCAAGAAGGAUAUGGGCUUGUGGCACGGCGUCUUAACGAGUGUCAUGAACAGAAUUCACACCAUCACCGUGCCAUAUUCUGUUAUGAAAGCCUGUCCCAUGUCUUGGGUUCAGAGAGUUCACAUCCACAAAGCACGUGUGGCCUUGGUGAAAUGCCGCGACCUCCACUGGGCUAUGAUGGCCCAAAAGGAUCAGAAGGACAUCAACUUGUCUUCUAUACGAAUGCUUAUAGUGGCUGAUGGAGCAAAUCCAUGGUCUGUGUCGUCCUGUGACGCCUUCCUGAACGUGUUCCAGUCACACGGUCUGAGGCCUGAGGUCAUUUGUCCGUGUGCCACUUCGCCUGAGGCCCUGACUGUGGCCAUACGCAGGCCUGGUGCUCGCGGAGCUCCUCUCCCAGCCAGGGCCAUCCUGUCCAUGGGCGGGCUGAGCCACGGGGUCAUCAGGGUCAACACAGAGGACAAGAACUCUGCUCUCACAGUGCAGGAUGUGGGCCACAUCAUGCCUGGAGCACUGAUGUGCAUCGUGAAACCAGACGGGCCUCCACAGCUGUGCAAGACGGAUGAGAUUGGAGAGAUUGUGAUCAACUCUCGGGCUGGAGGCACGAUGUACUACGGCCUUCCCGGUGUCACCAAGAACACAUUUGAGGUGAUCCCUGUGAACCAGGCUGGAGCUCCUGUUGGUGAAAUUCCCUUCAGUCGAACUGGUUUGCUUGGGUUUGUGGGACCGGGGAGUCUUGUGUUUGUUGUGGGGAAGAUUGAGGGACUCCUGAUGGUGAGCGGACGACGCCAUAAUGCUGACGACCUGGUGGCCACUGCGCUGGCUGUGGAGCCUGUCAAAACAGUUUACAGAGGGAGGAUUGCUGUCUUCUCAGUGACGGUGUUUUAUGAUGAGAGGAUAGUUGUCGUGGCAGAACAAAGGCCUGAUGCCAGUGAAGAAGACAGCUUCCAGUGGAUGAGUCGAGUACUGCAGGCCAUCGACAGCAUCCACCAAGUCGGUCUGUACUGCCUUGCCCUUGUCCCAGCCAACACCCUGCCAAAGACACCACUAGGGGGAAUCCAUAUCUGUGAAACCAAGCAGAAUUUUUUGGAGGGUAACCUGCAUCCCUGCAAUAUCCUGAUGUGUCCACACACCUGCGUUACAAACAUGCCCAAGCCUCGUCAGAAACAGCCAGUGGAUGUAGGUCCUGCUUCGAUGCUGGUCGGCAACUUGGUGGCGGGGAAACGAAUCGCCCAGGCGACCGGCAGAGAGCUGGGUGUGGUGGAGGAUCAAGAUCUCAUUCGAAAGCACCAGUUUUUGUCUGAAGCUCUGCAGUGGAGAGCCCAAACCGACCCGGACCACGUUCUUUAUGUGCUGCUCAAUGCCAAGGGCGUAGCCGUGUGCACAGCCACUUGUGCGCAGCUACACAAGAGAGCAGAAAAAAUCACGGCCACCCUGAUGGAAAGAGGAGGCCUCAACACAGGAGACAAUGUGGUGCUGCUUUAUCCCCCAGGCAUUGACCUGAUUGCUGCCUUCUACGGCUGCCUCUAUGCCGGGGUCAUCCCCGUGACAGUGAGGCCGCCUCAUCCUCAGAAUCUGGCUGCUACUCUGCCGACAGUCCGCAUGAUCAUCGACGUUAGCAAAGCAGCUUGUAUCCUCACCACUCAACCCCUCAUGAGAACCCUCAGGUCCAGGGAGGCUGCUGUCAGCGUCAACGUCAAAACGUGGCCAACGAUCAUUGACACAGAUGAUCUCCCCAGAAAGCGUCCUCCACACAUUUAUAAGCCUCCUACAGCUGAGAUGCUGGCCUACCUGGACUUCAGCGUGUCCACCACAGGCAUGCUGACUGGAGUCAAGAUGUCUCAUGCAGCAGUCAGCACUCUCUGUCGCUCCAUCAAGCUGCAGUGUGAGCUCUACUCUUCACGCCAAAUAGCCAUCUGCCUGGACCCGUACUGCGGCCUGGGCUUCGUCCUGUGGUGCCUCUCCAGUGUUUACUCAGGUCACCAGUCGAUCCUUAUUCCUCCGCUGGAGCUGGAGACGUCUCUGCCUGUGUGGCUGAGCACGCUCAGUCAGUACAAGAUCAGAGACACCUUCUGCUCCUACUCGGUCAUGGAGCUCUGCACCAAGGGCCUGGGCACUCAGACGGAGAUGCUGAAGGCGCGGGGCGUGAAUCUGUCCUGCGUGCGGAGCUGCGUGGUGAUAGCUGAGGAGCGGCCUCGUCUCGCUCUCACACAGUCCUUCUCCAAACUCUUCAAAGACCUCGGCCUUUCGCUGCGGGCCGUCAGCACAGCCUUUGGUUCCAGGGUGAACCUGGCCAUCGGCCUGCAGGGCACUUCUGGACCAGAUCCCUCCACCGUUUAUGUUGAUAUGAAGUCUCUGCGUCAUGACAGGGUGAGGUUGGUGGAAAAAGGAGCACCACAGAGUCUUCCACUCAUGGAGUCAGGCACAAUUCUGCCAGGAGUCCGGUGUAUCAUAGUCAACCCAGAAACCAGGGGUCCUCUGGGAGACUCACAUCUUGGGGAGAUCUGGGUGAACUCCCCCCACUGCGCCAGCGGUUACUACACCAUCUAUGGAGAGGAGAGUCUGCAGGCGGAUCACUUCAACACCAAACUCAGCUUUGGGGAUCCUCAGACUCUCUGGGCUCGGACCGGCUACCUGGGCUUCAUCAAAAGGACCGAGCUGCUGGAUGCGAGCGGAGAUCGCCAUGAUGCCUUGUUUGUGGUGGGCUCUCUGGACGAAACGCUGGAGCUGAGGGGCUUGCGUUAUCACCCUAUCGACAUCGAGACGUCUGUGUCCCGAGCCCACCGCAGCAUCGCAGAGAGCGCCGUGUUCACCUGGACCAACCUGCUGGUGGUGGUGGCCGAGCUCAGCGGCUCAGAACAGGAGGCCUUGGACCUGGUGCCCCUCGUCACCAACGUUGUCCUGGAGGAGCACCACCUGAUCGUCGGGGUGGUGGUCAUCGUGGACCCCGGCGUGAUUCCCAUCAACUCCAGGGGAGAGAAGCAGAGGAUGCACCUGCGAGACUCCUUCCUGGCGGACCAACUAGACCCCAUCUACGUGGCCUACAACAUGUGAGCAACUUUCAGAAACUGAUGCAGAAAACUGAGCCAGGAUCUGAGAAGACGCGAGGGACAAGGACUUGGGGGCGGGGGGAAUGAACAGUAGCAACAUCAACGCAAACAUUUAAAAAAACGAAGCAACGUGGGAACGCAGAGACAGUACCAGUGCUGCAACGAGAAAACUCUUCCCUCUUAGAAACUUUUGAUUUUUGUUUUGUUUGCUUCCACCUGCUCGAUCGCUGCAGCCCCAGGUUCACCCCCACUUCUUACGCAGCAAUGAAAUCAUGUUUUUAAAGCCUCUUUUUUUAUUCACACACUCUGCUUAAAGAAAAAAAGUCUCAUUUUUUAAAAAAAAUCUUUUGCCACCCGUUUUUUUCUUUGCUUUUUUGUAUCUCUUUAUUCUUAAAGUCAGGGGAGGGACGCAUUGGAGCGUCCUCCUUUGCCUUGCACGUCUUUGCACGUCUGGUUCCAUGUCCUGUCUCACCUGCCUCAAAAAGGACAUCCCACUGCCCACAUCUGCUGCUUCUGCGAGAGCAAAAUCUACGUCAGUAUUAAAAGUGCCACAAAGCAAUUCCCGCCUCCCACAGCGGCGGUCCGGAUUUCUACCAGGGUGCACAGUGGCUCUCACCUCCACGGACCGUACUUUACCAGCAGACGUGGCGUCGGCAUUCAUUCAUUUCAAAAUGUCUGAAAAAAACACUUGAAUUGUUGAUGUGGAAAGCGAACAAACAUCAUAAACAUGCAGACCUGGAUAGUAAAAAAAAAAAAAAAACAGAUUCCUCUUUGGCGUGCAGAAGGCUCGCCAAGUUAGAUUGUAUAAUUGUGAUAGUGCUAAUAGUUUUAUAUUCUGAAGCACCAACAAUUUCCAGACCAGGAUCUGCAGCUGUGCCUGGUGUUUAGGUGUGCAUGUUAACUGAGAGUGGAGUUCAUGUUGAAGAAAACAAUAACAACAACAACAAAAAAAAAACCCUAACAAAGCAAGGCGACUUAAAACAGUGAUUUGAUUUUAACGUUCAGGCUGGUUUUUAUUUCUAAUUUAUUUUGUGCCUCAUAAAUCACACUCAGAAAUAUGAAACAGCUAAUGGUAUUCCUAAAUGCUGUAUUUAAAGGCUUUUAUGGCAACUUUAAAACUGGUCCAAAAACCACUCAGAAUUCUGCUGUUUUUUAAAGAUUUAUCAUCAUGAUACCAUUACAUGUGUCGUCUACAGAGGACCACAGUUCAUGCUGACCAUCAUCAUCAUCAUCAUCAUCAUCAACAUCAUCAGCAUCAUCAUCACCAUCAUCUCUGUGAGUCUCGACUUAUCACCAGACCAUCUAAGAAAUAAGGAGCUCUGCUAACAUUUGGACUAAAUCCCACACAUCACAGUCAGAAUGAAAACUCUUUCAUCCAUCAGAGUUGUCAUGGGGUUCUGUAGAGAUGUUACUAACAAAUAAUAUCUUACUUGUUGUAGUUGUUGCAGUUUGUGGAAACAGUUUGAUUCUGAGCAGAUUUGCGAGCUAACUGCUAAGAGGAGCCAACUUUAAUCUCAAGGAUUAGUUUUUACAAACAUGGUUUUUAAACUUUAACGUUCUGUCAUUUUCACAUUCCACAGAAAUACUGGUAGAAAUGUAAUAUUCCUACUGGAGGUUCUCCAGGCUGCAAGUGAAGGGCUACAGCUAGCUGCUGCUGCUAAUGAGCUUGUACAACACCUGUGUAAAGGUUUAUACAAWAAAGUUUGCAUAAUUAGUCCCACUUGAACUAGCUGUUAGCUCAUCAAUCCAAUCAGAAUAAAACUGUUUCUCUAAAUGGAGAUCAUUCAAARAGAGCUGCCUGUAACAGCUGAGAUAUUAUUGUUCAAAAAAAUCUGAAUUAUGGCUUUAAGGAAAAGAUGAUUCGAAGUCGAAAUUAGAAACUUAAAACAGGUUUGUCAGUAGGUGAUGCAUUCAGUGGUUUUUGAAUAUUUUUCAGAAAUGAAUGUUUUCAGACUCUGAAACAGGAAGUUGAGAUCUCAGCCGAAACGGAUGUUUAUGUAGAAACUUAAAGGUUUAUUGUAAUGUUUUAGUGAAGCAGAUUGUUCUUCAGUUUAACCCCCAAAUGAUCAGAUCUCAAUGCAUCUUCAGUCAUUUUUGUUUACACUCAUCCAGUCAGCUGUUUGUUUUCAGUUAUAUUAAGAUAUUAAACACUGGAAAGAAGCUCUGAUAGACACCAAUAUAAAUGUGAAGUUUUACAAAGUUUUACAAAACACAUCUCUUGACAUACUUUCACAGCAUUUGUUUGUGUAUACGUGUCAUUAAAUUAAAUUAAGUCAGUUUAAAAUAAUAUUGGGUGCUGAUUCUCCCAAAGAUCUGAGGGGUUUCCUAUACGAGGCACAAACCAGUUCUGUCAACAGAACUGGUAAAUAAAAUUUGUUCAGAAGAAAAUAAGCUUUUCUGAAGAUCCACAAACAAACAAAAACAGCAUUCUAUUAAAGUCGCAGCUGAUUCUGUAAACAUCAGGAGGCAGGUCCGUGCCUUUCACCUUGAAGACAUUUCUGAUUAUGUGCUCCUGAAUUUAAAGAAAACGAUACAAAAAGAAGACUUUGCCUUACUGAAUCUGUGGAACACCAAACACCCUCGCUUCUAAUUUUUUUUACAGGAAGAGUGAGUCUGUUGGGUAUUAUUUUUUAGGUUUGUCGAGCCUUUUUAUCAGAACAUUCUCAGCAUUUAAACCGAUCCUUUCCAAAUGUCUGUAACUCUGAAGGGAUGGAAAUAAUCGGGAGCAAACCUGCAGAAUCCUGCUUUAAAAGAAAGGAACUAAUUGGUAGAUAGGAUUAAAAUGUCUGUACUGUAUUUUAGAAGUCAAAUACUGUUUUUCCUAGUGUUACUGUGUACAUGGACGUGGAGUCUGUAGAUAAAAACUUGACUGAUCUUUCAUAUUUGACAUUUUUCUGCAGUUUGACGUCAUAAAAAAAGGCAAACAGGGAACAGGUUAUUUGGGCAGACACAAUGUGCACUUUCCCAAUAUCAUUUUAUGUACAGGUGUGUGUGUGUGUGUGUGUGCGCGUGAGAGUGUGUGUGUUCAGUUUAGCAAUGAUAUUUGGCUUUUAUGGUGCAACACGUUUUAUCUUUUGUAUGGAAUCGAUUCCAAAAUAUUAAAUCUUUUUAAAUUUUUUUUCCUAAUGUCGCCGCCACUGUAUUUUUUUAGCCUUUCCAUCCAGAAUUGGGAUUUGAACAUAUUUUCUAGAGCUUUGAUCCAUGUUUUCCUGAUGGGAUUUGCAUUUGGACCUGCACAAGUUCUGCAAAACAGUUGGUUUUAAUUUCAAAGCAGCUCGGYGCACCGACAGGCCGCUGAGGACACCGACGCCAGCCAGUAAUUUGGUUACUCAUGAAUAACUGUGUGAUAAUUGCUUUGUCGCUACUGUUUCACUCCAACGAGUUUUAAUAAAGUUUUAUAAUUUCACGCUGGCCUUCAAGCCUUUUCAAUAGACGCUGGUGCUAUUCAGUAAAAGCCGUAGGCAGRUUUCUGUCCUUCAGUCUCUCUUGAAGCCUUUUCAGAGAGAUCUUCAAGGUUUUCUCUUACUUUCACUUUAAAAUAGUUUUGUGUUUUUAUUAUCAGCUCUGAAAUAUGAUGCAAAAUCUCUCUACAGGAAACUGGACACAGACAAUGCAAUGUUGUGUUACUUAUUUUUGUUACUUUUUUCCAUCUGAAUAUUCUGUUUUCAAGUUGUGCUGAAACCUUUGAAAUGUCCAAAGUUCUUCUAAGCACAAAAUGUAACUGUACAUGUGUGGCAAUGAAAAAAAAGAUUUUUUUCAUGCACAGAACUAGAGAAAAGAAGUCCACACUGUAUACCUCAAGUUUGUUCACUAUGCAUCAUGGAGCUGCAGCAAAACCCCAUUCUGGACUAAAGAGUCAAUGGUGCGAAAAACUUCUAACAUGUCAGACAAAAACACUGUCACAUUGUCACUGGAUGUGUUUCAUGUCGAAUAAAAAAGAAUUGCUUUGUCAGA